AUGGGACAUGCUCCUUUUGAAACAAAUGAUCUAACAGUGGUUGAUCCCUUUCAACACAACACAUCCGAGUGGGGCAAAGGAAAGAUCGAAGCAGUAUUGCCCUUGUAUGACCCUGAUAUCAUGAGCAUAAAGCCGAGUCAAAUAGGAGCUCCGGACAAACUAGUUUGGCUGAGAAAAUCUACCGGUGACUACACAACAAAAACUGGGUAUUUCACAUCUUUGGAAGAGCAAAAAACAGAGGAGGAUUUGCGACGUACAACCGGCAUUGACUGGAUCACGGACGUGUGGAAACAGAAUGUGAGUCCCAAACUCAAACUCUUUCUUUGGAAAGUUGCAAACAAGGCGUUGCCAGUGGGAGAAAGACUGGUUACAAGACAUAUACUAGUGGAUCCUCUAUGCAAAUGUUGCGGUGAAGUUGAAUCAAUCAACCACAUGUUUUUCCAAUGCGAUUUCUCGCAAAGAGUAUGGAGAGGAGCACCAUUUUCGACUGAUACGGAAUCAGGAACAUGGAUGGAAUACGAAGCUGCAUGGGAAAAAAUUAAAACAAAGCUUUGUCUACCACCAACGGGAUUGGUGAAGGGACCUUUAUCGCCCUAG